AAACAACAAACCCCGGUGUUCGGUGUUUUUCACCGUCUUGACAAACCCGUCGGUGGGUCGGCGUCAGUGGGGUUGUCGGGUUGACGACACAUGCAUUCACCCGAGACCGAAGGCAUCGACAAAAACCUCUGCUACUGCUGCUGGUUGCGGCGCUCACAGAGCUCACAACCAAGCAACACGACACCUCCAUCUGCAGGCCACAAACCAGGAACACAAAACGCUCCAGGCAUGGCCUCGGAGAACAGCAGCAGUAGCACGGAGCACGUGGUCGCUGGUACCGUGUCGGCGUCCGGUUACGAUGUCACAAGGAGGAAGAAAAGCACCGCACAGCUUGCUAGGGAACGAUCACUGAGCGUAAAACAACGAUACGUCGUCAGCGGCGGCACCGAACCUCCCUUCUCCGGCCGCUUCUCGAACGGGGUCCGUUACAGCACCAAGAGGCGGGGCACCUUCGAUUGCGCCGUGUGUGACCUCCCGGCCUACUCAUCUUCUUCCAAGUUCAACAGCGGCACGGGAUGGCCCAGUUUCUACGAGACCGUCGACCCCGACCACGUGUGGGAGACCACAGACCUCUCGGCGGGCAUGGUGCGGAAGGAGGUCAAGUGCGCCCGAUGCCAUGCUCAUCAGGGGCACGUGUUCAACGAUGGGCCUCGACCAACGGGAAAGAGGUAUUGCGUCAACGCAGCAUCCUUGACUUUCAAGGCGGCUCACGCCCAAGAUCGGGUGCCGUCGGGUGGCAUCGGGUUCGUAGAUAUGUUGUCGAGGCACCUCCGCAUGCGCACGAAGAACAAAGGCGGCAGAGAGGGGGCGGAAGGGAAGGAACAACCCUCUGCGCCGUCAGCCCCGCCGACGGUCGCGUGAUGUGACGUGACGAGACGUGAUGUGAUGUGAUGUGAUGUGAUGUUUUGUGGUUUUAGGCUCACCUCGCCUUUUCAUAUCGCGUCGGGUAGGGUGGAGUGUGAAUGCGUCGUCAUCAGCAGUCAACCGACCGCUUAGCCAGAGUUGCGUUAGUUGUAUUGAUUUGCGUGUGCUACAGUACUCCGGAAAUGUGGCCCAUUCAGGGUUCUCAUGUAUUGUACUUCCACCGGUGUUUGGUACGCAUGGCGUCAUGAAAGACUGCGGCGCGAAAGCCCUAGGGUAUCGAGCCACUUUGCUCCACAGCUUGAUUAUUCGGCGCCGCGGAAAAUUUAUGUUCAUGUCCUUAUUACUCAAGGUGGGCUUUUCGGGGAUCAGCAGGGAAGGUCUUUUGUAAGAUGUGAGGCCCACUGAAGAAAAAGAAAAAGACGUGUGUCGGUAUUGCGUGUGAUUUCGAAGCAAGCACCGGUACACUGCUGUUCGUUUGUGUCCAGAGAGUAGCUGCUGUACCCCGUUGGAACAGUCGGGGACGCACCUUGAUCCUUCAUCUACCUGGAACAUGGGGCGGAAAGCACCUUUGUGUUGAAAAUGAGUCAGCCGUUGGGAUGUUUGCUAUGUCGACUGUUUUUGUGUUGGGGGUGACAGGUUGAAGGGUGUCUUGUGUCCUUCCUAUGUUCCGUCUGGGACAAUUUUUCCAUUCGCGUUUUGUGCGAUAACUUUUGUACAAAAAAAGAGUUGGAUUAUGCAGUAACGAUAUUCGUGAUCGCCUCG